AUUAGAAUGAAAUUAUUUUAUUGUGUAGCCUUUGCGUCGUCAAAGCUUUCAACUUAUAAGGAACCUCGUAGUCAUAAAUGUGAUUCGAUAUAAAUAAUACACAUGUAUGAAGCUGUGUAUAUAACGUAUACCACCAAAAAAAACAAAACAAAAAUGAAGGGAAAGUUGUGGUUGCUUGCUUCUCUUUUGGUUCUCUCUUUGUUGUUUUCACUCAAGAUGAUCUCAGCUGAUCAACCAUAUAAAUUUCCAAAAAUCAAAGACGAAAUAAGAGAAAUGAUCCAUAUUCAUAAGACAAAGAAGAUCCAAACACCAGGUAGUGUGACAACGCCUGCGGGCCAAGGUACACCAUCCAGUGGAGCUCCCCCGCACGCCGGUUGAUAUGGUUAGACGGAUCGGUCAAUCACCAAUGCAUAUUCGUACAUCGGUUUUUUUUUUUUUUUUUUUUUUUUUUUGUUCUUUAAGAUUUGAUAUUAAAAUAUUGUAUGAUUAGUUGUUUAUGAAGGACAGUCCAAAUCCGGGGAAAAAAGGAUUUUUGUUUGACUUGUACAUAUUUUUGUUUAAAAUGCUGAUCAAAUAGAAUAUAUCUAUCGUCAAUAAAUUAAUUAAUAUUAAAAGUUUAGUAAACUUACAAAAGAAAAAAAAAGUUUGAUAUCCUUUGAUCCAAAAGAGCGUGUAUAUAUAUAGUCAAAUCUCCCCAGAAACAUAGCUAUAUCUUGACUUAUAUGAUUAUAUAUGUAUAAUAUAAUAUGUUAUGUAGAAAGUCUUCUGACGCGAACGCUACGUGAAAACUUGAUUAAUAAGUUAUGAUAAAACUUAAAUCAUAUAUGUGAUUGAUAUAUAUCUAUACUCAUGUACAAGGUAAUUAAGGUAUCACCCAGAAAAAUGAUGGUCAAGUUCUGUUUGAUUGCUUCGCUUUUGGUUCUCUCUUUGGCGAUUUCAUCGUACGUCGUUUUAGCACAAUCCAAAGAAGAAACAAUAGGAGAAACGAAACACAUUCGAAAGAUAAUGAAGAUCAGAGCACCUCGUAGUAAGUCGCCACCCGAUCGCCAAUGGGGUGAGAGUGACUCGCCCCAAGCCGCAGGUCCAAAUUCAGUCUAAGGCGAUGGAUAUACGAUUUGUGGCUAGUUCGUAUAAUUAAUUAAUCUCAAAAAUGUUCCUGAUUUGUGAACCUUAUAUAUUUAGUUAUGCAUAGUACACGAUAAUCAAAAAAAAAAAAGUAAACCAAUGUUUUGAUUAUUAUUAUUAGUUUUUUUUUGGGGCUUUCUCCAUACAAUUUUUUGUCAACGAACCAAGCUGUCACAUAAUUUUAAAUUAUGUACGUAAGAAUAUUGACCUUGUCUUUUGUACUCACUGGGUUAUUAUGGGACGUGAAAACACAUUUCUAGAUAACGAUGUUCAUGAUCUUUGACUUCUUCUAUUAAUUUUUUUUUUAUACGAUAUCUGUGUAUGCUUUACGACGAUCAUCACUAGGUGUGAAAGAACUUAUUUUUUUGUUUAAUUAGAAAAACGCUGUUGGUAAGUCUGGUCGUCCACAAUAAAUGUCCUUUAAUUUUGAUCGGGAUCCAAUCACAAAUUUGAUCAUGAUAAAGCUUCUCUCGCCUUUUUUUUUGUUGGUAUUAUUUUCCUGGAAAUUUUUAGACUCCAAUGUAAUAAUCAUCAUUAUGAAACUUGACUAAUGCUGUAGCUUUAGCAACGACUUGAUCGAUAUAAAUACCCAUUAAGAGAUGGGGAUCCACAAUAUAUUGCACUAAAUUUUGUAAGUUUAUAAGAAUCAUAGAAAUGCAAGGAGUACUCUUGUGGUUGAUAACUUUCCUUCUUGUCUUUUCUUCGGCAUAUUCGUCCCAAAAGCUCAUACCUCAACCCAUCAAAUCCCGUGAUUUCA